AUGGGGCACAAUAAAAGAAAAGAGAACAGAGAAAUUUCCUUCCCUGCACGGCGGCAACUAUGCUCGGAUCGAACCCAAGCUGCCUUGCACUCCUGUGGCUCUUCCCCAUGCCCAACCCUGACGGCUCCACCUACAGCCUAUAGUCUGAAUGACUGCCGUGUCCAGAUCACCGCAGAUACACCACCUGGCUCAGAACAACAGGAUCGAGAAACCAGGGGAGCAACGCCACAAGUUCAUUGCGGCAUCUUGGCCAAGAUCCUACAAUCUACACACCGAGGGGCAUACCUGGUGGCUCCCCUGUUAAUGGAGCCCCUCUUGCCAGCUACCGCGGUGGUGGCGGCGGUAGGAGGAGGAUUGGCGAAGGCCUCCUUGCUGCUGCCCCAGCUCGUCUCCUUACGGAUCUCAGAUUCUCAGUCCGGGCCUCUUGGGCUUGUUGCCCUCUUGGAGCCUAGAGACGAGGGGCGGCGGCAUGGAGGAUAG